GUCCUCGCGGUUUAGGUGUCCGCGCUGAUCGCCUGCUCGCUGCUGCCGGUCCUGUCAGGCUGCUCUCUGUGUCUCUGCUCCGGUAACGCCAUGUCCGACGAUACCGAACGCUCCGAUGGCCGCAUUGUCAAGAUGGACGUGGACUACACCGCCACGGUGGACCAGCGGCUGCCCGAGUGCGAGAAGCUGGCAGCGGAAGGGCGACUACAGGAGGUGGUUGAAACACUGCUCUCUUUAGAAAAGCAGACCAGGACGGCUUCAGAUAUGGUUUCCACUUCUCGUAUCUUGGUGGCUAUUGUUAAAAUGUGCUAUGAGGCCAAGGACUGGGAUUUGCUUAAUGAAAACAUCAUCCUUCUUUCAAAGAGGAGGAGCCAACUCAAACAGGCGGUUGUGAAAAUGGUACAGAAAAGCUGUGAGUAUGUAGAGGAGAUCACAGACCUUACCACUAAACUGCGGUUGAUCGACACACUCCGAUCUGUUACAGAGGGAAAGAUAUACGUAGAGAUUGAACGCGCUCGAAUUACUAAAACCCUGGCUGGUAUGAAAGAGGAGAGCGGGGAUGUGACAGAGGCUUCAGCUAUUUUACAAGAACUUCAGGUGGAGACUUACGGUUCAAUGGAGAAAAAGGAGAAAGUGGAAUUUAUUUUGGAGCAGAUGCGACUCUGUAUUGCUGUUAAAGAUUACAUUCGAACCCAAAUCAUCAGCAAGAAAAUCAACACCAAGUUUUUCCAAGACGACAACACAGAGAACCUGAAACUGAAAUAUUACAAUUUAAUGAUACAACUGGACCAACACGAGGACUCCUAUUUAUCAAUCUGUAAACACUACCGGGCCAUUUACGACACCCCCUGUAUCCAGGCCGAGAGUGAAAAGUGGCAGCAGGCUUUGAAGAGCGUUGUGCUUUAUGUAAUCCUCUCACCGUACGACAAUGAACAGUCCGAUCUGGUCCAUAGAAUAAAUACUGACAAAAAAUUGGAAGACAUCCCAAAAUAUAAGGACCUGUUGAAGCUCUUCACUACUAUGGAACUGAUGCGCUGGAGUAACCUGGUAGAGGAUUAUGGGAAGGAACUCAGGGAAGGCUCUCUGGACAGCACAGCAACAGAUGUUUUUAGCUACACCGAAGAGGGAGAGAAACGAUGGAAAGACCUGAAAAACAGGGUGGUGGAACAUAAUAUUAGAAUUAUGGCUAAAUAUUACACCAGAAUCACCAUGAAAAGAAUGGCACAGUUGUUGGAUCUCUCCAUUGAUGAAUCUGAAGAAUUCCUCUCCACUCUGGUGGUGAAUAAGACUAUCUAUGCUAAAGUAGACAGACUGGCUGGGAUUAUCAACUUCCAGAGGCCCAAGGACCCCAACGACCUCCUCAAUGACUGGUCCCAAAAACUGAACUCCUUGAUGGCGUUGGUAAACAAGACCACCCAUCUCAUAGCCAAAGAGGAGAUGAUCCACAAUCUGCAAUGAGCCAUGCAGUGCCUUACUAACCAGCGGAUCGCUAGUGCUGGAUCAGUAUGUCCUUUUUUCUCCUGGGGGCUGCUUUCUGUAUUGUUGGCUCAUGUUACAGACACUCUGGCAGCAAAUGGGUAAAGAAUGGGUUGGACCAGUGCUCUUUAUUUUUUUUUUUAUGUUCUCUUUUACGUUUAAGAGCAAGAAAUUAAGGAAUGCUGAUUGUUAAACCUUAAUAAUAAAACACCUGUACACUUGCCUGUGUUACCGCCAUUAGUGUUCCGGUAGAAAGAUCUAGCUCUAUAUUGCUUUUGACUGUGUUUUUUAUUUUUAUGAGGGGGAAGAGGUCGUUUCUGAUGGUUUUUGUAAAACAUUAAAGUGUAUCAGGCAGUGGAAA